UCACUGGGGGAGGAGUAGGGCGCGCCAGGCCAGUCUCGGCUUGCAGGAGCUGCGGGAGCUGCGCGGCCUCCCAGCCGGGCGGGCGCAGCUAGGGUGGCACCUUCAGACCCCCGGCACGGCCCGGGGCGCAUGGGGCCGGGGCGUGGCGAGGGGGCGUGGCCUGGGCGAGGCGCACCUCCUAUUGGCUGUCCGACACCUCCCCACACCAUGGCGAUAUAAGCCGCGGUGGCGCCCGGAGCCGCACAGCGCCCCCGCCACCGCGUCUCCCCGCUGCUGCUGCUGCUGCUUUCGUGCUCGCCCGCUCGCCCGCCCGCCAUGGCCAGCCUUAAGGACCUCGAGGGGAAGUGGCGCCUGACGGAAAGCCACGGCUUUGAGGAAUACAUGAAGGAGCUAGGGGUAGGACUGGCUCUUAGGAAAAUGGGUGCCAUGGCCAAACCAGACUGCAUCAUUACUUGUGACGGCAACAAUGUCACCGUCAAAACCGAGAGCACUUUGAAGACGACACAGUUUUCUUGUACCCUGGGAGAGAAGUUUGAUGAAACUACAGCCGAUGGCAGAAAAACUCAGACGGUCUGCAACUUCACAGACGGUGCCCUGGUUCAGCACCAGAGCUGGGAUGGGAAGGAAAGCACAAUAACAAGGAAGAUCAAGGACGGGAAGUUGGUGGUGGAUUGUGUCAUGAACAAUGUCACUUGUACUCGAGUCUAUGAGAAAGUGGAGUAAGGAUUUUGUCACCACCCUGGACAGGAGUUAGCUGCAAGAGUGAAUAAGCUCAGUUCAAUGAGCAGGUCAUAAAUAUCCAUACUACUUCUUUUCUUCAGUUUUAUUUUUCAUGACUGUGUUCGAUUGUCUUUAUCACCAACACUUUACGUGAAAGCCAUGUCAAAGUGUUGAUUUACCUAGGAUCUUUCCUUUGGUUAGUAAAUAAACGUGUUUGUGCUAAUUCA